AUGAAGAUACGGACGUACCUGGAGAUCAUACUUUCAGUCUCCUGCGCUAGGCGACCCCAAGAAAGCCUCCAAGAACGACUCCAAGACGAGACUGACUCCAAGUCUCCAACCCAGAGUUGGACCCGAUUAAGACUGAAGAUACCCGACGGUCCCCUUUCCGGGCGAGCAGACGACGGCAACCUACCUCAAACCCCCCCUCCCCCUGGACCCCCCCGUUUGGCCCCCAAAAUCCAAACCGUCUUACCAGCCACACGGAUUGAAUUGGGCGCGCUGUGGGCCAUAGCCGCUGGGCGGAAGCUCAGAGCUCUCUCUCUAGCUGCGCAUCUAGGUAAUCCGUAUGGUCUAUCCAUACCUACGCACUAUCCAACCUCUGGUACUCCAUACAGUGUACAGUAUCCACCGUCUGUCCAUUUGCCUGCCGCGAGUCAAAGACAAAGACAGAGACAGAGAGAGGAGGAGGAGGGGGGGGGGGGGCAGAGCUUGGACAAGCAGAGCUGCACACACCCUGCCCUUCCUUCUCUCCUCAUUAUUUUCAGCCUCAGCACUGACCACAUCUCUGGCGUCUGGGCAUUUGAUGGGGAUCGAUCUCUGUGCCCUCCAUAUUGUCAUCAGUGCGUCGUUGCCGAUACAGAGACCAAACUUAUUGAUCGUGGACGAGACGAAUGCUGGCGUUUGGGGGCGGGCAAAAUGUAUUUUACGACUCGCUCGCGGGUACGCGCUGUCCAAUCGAGAUCUGUCGAGUCGACCGUGGAGAUCGAGGAGGGGCUCGAGAGGCAGCCAGCCCACUGCCUCGCUCGUGUCUCUGUUAUCGAAACAACGGGUGAAGGCUUCGCCGGUGAGCCUCUUCGAAAAUCAAAUCUGGCGGAACGUCUAAAUUACUCCUCGGCCGUCUACUUGGCAUCGGGGGAUCAGGAUACCUACUACUUGCCGGGGGCCAGAACUAAUUGGCUUGCCAGGAGGAUGAACUCCCCCACUGGACCGAACCAGAGCCAGCAGAUGGCCCGAGAUUCAUCGGGGGGUUAUUCAUGUCGAUACAAAGUCUGCCGUACAGUAGAAAACGUCCGACCAACUAACGUUCCGGAAAUGCCAAAUAGCAACCUCUGGAUACCAAUUCAACCGGCCAGGAGGAUGCUAGGGUUGCCAGGUGUGGUACGGGCAGUGACGGGUAUACGCAGUAUGGACUGCACACGGCUCAUGUGCCAUGGCGAACGAGCCAUGAGCACGUACCAGGGCAUCAUGGUCUAA